GUGUAACCGAACUACUGCAACAUGCUUACAACCAAUCAGUGGAAAUCCUCAAUGAGAAUGAUCGGUUAAGAGAAAUGCUUGAGUUAAGGAAAGAUGAACUCAAUUUGAGAUCAGAAGAACUUAGUAAAUUGGUUGUUCGGACUGAUGUGGAGAAAAAGAAUUUAGAGCAUGAGAAAGCAAAGAAUGAAAUGAUAAUCAGGACACUUGAAAUAGCAGCCAUGAAGCAGAAAGACGCAGAUGAAAGAGUCGCAAAGCUUCUUGAAGCACAACAGAAAGAAAAGGAUGAUUCCAUCAAGAGGAUACUAGAACUCGAAAGGGAAUUGGCUGCAAAACAAAAACUUGAGUUGGAAAUUGAACAGCUUACUGGUAAAAUUGAAGUCAUGAAGCAUAUGGAUGGUGAAGAAGCCUCCAUGAAGCAAAAAAUGGAAGAGAUGCAAAUAGAACUGAAUGGUAAAAUUGAAGAACAACAAUAUAUAGAGUCCAUUAAUAUAAGUCUGACUUCCAAGCAUUUUGAAAGCAACACUCAAUUGCAGAAUGCUCGGAAACUGCUGAUAAAGGGAUUGGGCGAUAUGCUAAGUUCUCGUUCGAAAAUUGGAAUAAAAAGGAUGGGUGCUCUCGAUGUAAAGGCUUUUCAAGCUAUAUUUGAGAAAUAUUUACCAAGUGAAGAUGCAAAAUUUCAAGGUACAUUGUUGUGUUCGGAGUGGGAAGAACAUUUGAGAAACCCAGAAUGGCAUCCAUUCAAGGUUAUCAUGGUCAAUGGUAAAGAGCAGGAAAUAUUAAUGGAAGAUGAUGAGAAGCUGGUUGCCCUGAAGAAGCAAUGGGGUGAUGCUGCCUACAAAGCAGUGACAACAGCCCUGUUGGAACUCAAUGAGUACAAUCCCAGUGGAAGAUACACCAUUCAGGAGCUCUGGAAUGUCAAAGAGGACAGAAAGGCCACAUUAGAUGAAGUGAUUGAAUUUGUGCUUCAACAAUGGAAGACGAGCAAGCGUAAACGAUAAUUUUGCGUGUUUGUCUCUUACAAUAUUUUGUGUUUAGGAUAUGUUAGAAGAAACAGUUUAUUAAAUUAAUGUUGAAGCAGCAUGAGGAAAAGGGAUGGAUUGACGAUAACAUGAAUAACAAGUUGUUUACAUAUGCUUACACAUCUGGAUUGAUGUUA